AUGGCAGACACCAAAUUGGAGGAGUUACAAAAUGCGAUCACACAACAAGAGUUGGACAUUUCCGACUUAAAUGAAUUGCUCAAAGAAGACCCCGAGAACAACGAAUUGGUAGCAAUGAAGAAAGAAGCGGAGUCGACGCUGUCUUCACUGAAGGCGAAUUACGACACAUAUCGUUUGACUAUUUUACCUGAGGAAAACAAACUAACGAGUGACAGGCCCAAACAGGAGACUAUCAUAUACAAACGUGGAGAACACGUCUUGGCACAAAACAGUCACGACAACGCUUGGUAUGCUGCGGAGAUAGUCGAAUCCCUUAACCUCAAGUGUUGGGUUAAGUUUGGCCCAAGACACAAUCAACUUCUUCCGAUUGACAAAAUCAAACCAUUCACGCCAGGGACCGUUCCAUUAGCUACAGUACAAGUCCAAUUUAAACACAAAAAGUUGCCAACGGAAAAGGUCAGUGAACUUCCCGCCUGGACUAAACCUAAACCUUCAGACUCACAAAAGGAAAUUCUUUUGAAAAAGAAGAAACGCCAUCAACUCAAAUCCGUCAUGAAACAACAGAGAGAAGAGGAAGAUUUAACUCUGAAAAAGAACAACUGGAAAAAUUUUGCAAAAAAUUUUAAGAAGUGA